UAAUCAUUCAUUCAUUAUUGACGUGACCGUGAAGCGGCUAGCCCCUGUGUUGGGAUUUUAGUUAUUUUAAAAUUAAAAGAAAGUAAUAAAAUGGGUGACGCUGCCUAUUUAACGACUCUGGCAAACUCAUUGUCAUAUGAGUAUUUACUUUCGGUGGACAAAGGCUUAGCAACGCAGUUCCAGAAGAAGACCAAAGCCCAACCUAAAGCCAAGAAUAUCCCGACAUUGAAAGACAUACUAUCAACAUACGUUAAAAACAAUAAAACAGUGCAACAAACCAAUGGAGCACAAAGUUCGGAUGACUCCAGUGAUGAAGAUACUAAGAAGAAAGUACCCGCUGUAGUAAAUGGCAAGAAGAAAGCUGCCUCGUCUGAUUCAGAUAGCUCAGAGGAUGAGAAAAAACCAGCACAGGUUAAAGUGGUCAAGGCUACACCUGCUAAGGCUAAACCAGCAGAGUCAUCCGAUGACAGCAGUGAUGAUGAUGCUACAUCAAAGCCCAAAAAACCACCUGUCAAACCCACAGUCAACAAUGUUCCUAAAGCAGCAGCCAAGAAACAGGAGUCUUCUUCAGAUGAUGACAGCAGUGAGGAUGAAAAGCCCAAGGCUACCCCCAAGCAAGCGGCAAAGCCAGUAGCCAAGCCUACACCUGCUAAAAAACAAGAGUCAUCAUCUGAUGACAGUGACAGUGAUGAUGAUAAGCCAGCACAAAAAACACCAGCAAAACCAGCAGCCAAACCAACUCCUGCUAAACCUGCUGCUAAGAAGGAUUCAUCUUCAGAUGAUGAUAGCAGUGAGGAUGAAAAGCCCAAGGCCACCCCUAAACAAGCUGCAAAGCCAGUUGCUAAACCCACUCCUGCCAAGAAGCAAGAGUCAUCAUCUGAUGACAGCGACAGUGAUGAUGACAAGCCAGCCCAAAAAACUCCAGCUAAGCCUGCAGCCAAACCAACUCCAGCUAAAGCAGCUACUAAACCUGCUGCUAAGAAAGAUUCAUCUUCAGAUGAUGACAGUAGUGAAGAUGAGAAACCAAAGCCUAAAGUCACUCCGGCAGCAAAGGCCACUCCAGCUAAGAAGAAGGAGUCUUCCUCAGAUGAUGACAGUAGUGAUGAUGAGCCAAAGCAAAAGGUAGCUAAACUGCAGGCGACGCCAGCCAAGCCAGUAGCAAAAGCCCCAGCAAAGAAAGCAGACUCUUCAUCUGAAGAUAGUAGUGAUGAUGACAAACCAGCUCAGAAACCCGCAGUCAAGGCCACACCUGCUAAAGCAGCUCCUAAAAAGAAAGAAGAAUCAUCUGAAGAUAGUGAUGACAGCAGUGAGGAUGAAAAGCCAAAGCAGAAGGCCAAACCAGCAGCUACUCCAGCAAAGGCUGCAGCCAAGAAGGACUCCAGUGAUGAUGACAGCAGUGAGGACGAAGAUGAGAAGCCUAAAACUCCUGCUAAGCCAAAACCUGCCAAGAAACAAGAAUCUUCAGGUGAAAGUGAUGAUGAUGAUGAGGAGCCUGCUAAUGAACCGCCAAAAGAAAACGGAUUCACACCUGGCAAAAAGAGGAAAGCAUCGGAAGGAGAAUCAACACCCGCCAAACGACCAUACAGUAACUUCGUGAAGGAGGGUGAAGAGGAGGAGGGCGAGGGUCAAGACGAGGUGGAGGGCGGCGGCUGGAAGGGAGGGUUCCAGCGCGGCGGGCGCGGGGGCCGCGGCGGGUUCAACGACCGCGGGGGCCGCGGGGGUGGUUUCCGGGGGCGCGGUGGAGACAGGGGCGGCCGCGGGUUCGGUAGGGGUGGAGACCGCGGCGGGCGCGGGUUCGGCCGGGGAGGCGACCGCGGAGGACGCGGGUUCGGCCGCGGCGGCGACCGGGGCGGGCGCGGGUUCGGUGACCGCGGGGGCCGAGGCUUCGGCCGGGGCGGAGACCGCGGUGGGCGCGGCGACCGGCACUCGUGGGGCGGGAACAAGGACGGCGGCGGCCGCGGAGGCUUCAACGACAGAAAGAGCUUCGGCGGCGGCGACAGCGCCCAGAAUAAGAAAAUCACCUUCGACUAGAGCGGCUCCCGAGGGUCUUGGGGAGAGCGUGCGAACCAAGAUUUGAAGCACACACGUGGCAAAUCGUUCAAGCAUGAGAAGACAAAGAAGAAGCGGGGCGCGUACCGCGGCGGCGCCAUCGACACCGGCGUG